AUGGUUCGUCUGAGGGAGAUUCCCCGGACGGCCACAUUUGCCUGGUCUCCCGGUGCAGCAUCGCCAUUGAUUGCUACCGGUACUCGGGCCGGCGCAGUCGACGUUGACUUCUCCAAUGAAACAUGUCUCGAGCUGUGGGACCUGGGCCUGGAACGUCAGAAUGCCGGCGAAGAGUUGCAGCCGAUUGCGAAGCUUGACACCGACUCCGGUUUCAAUGACAUAGCGUGGACCCCAUCCGAGGACAACACACGGGGAGUAAUAGCUGGAGCUUUGGAGAACGGGUCGCUAGACUUGUGGGACGCCGACAAGCUGAUCAAUGGAUCGAGUGACGAUGCCGUGAUCUCGAGAACCACCAAACACUCAGGCGCCAUCAAGGCCCUCCAAUUCAACCCCAAACAUCCCAAUCUGUUGGCCACCGGUGGUGCAAAAGGAGAGCUCUACAUCUCCGAUUUGAACAAUGUCGCAAACCCAUAUCGACUCGGUACCGCUGCCCGUGCGGAUGAUAUUGAGUGUUUAGAUUGGAAUAAGAAGGUUGCACAUAUCUUAGUUACCGGUAGCAGUGCAGGGUUUGUCACUGUUUGGGAUGUCAAAACGAAGAAGGAGAGUUUGACUCUUAACAAUAUGGGCCGUAAAGCUGUCAGCGCUGUUGCUUGGGAUCCCGAGAAGCCUACGAAACUCGUUACGGCGACACCAUUGGAAUCGGACCCCAUGAUCUAUGUUUGGGAUCUCCGCAAUUCCCAUGCUCCAGAAAGGGUCCUUAAAGGACAUGAAUCUGGCGUCUUAUCGCUUUCAUGGUGUAGCCACGAUCCCGACCUGCUUCUCUCUUCUGGAAAGGACAAUCGCACGCUCUGUUGGAACCCACAAACCGGUCACGCCUAUGGCGAAUUUCCUGUCGUCACAAACUGGACUUUCCAGACUCGGUGGAACCCCCACAAUCCUAACUUCUUCGCCACUGCUUCGUUCGAUGGCAAGAUCGCGGUCCAGACUAUUCAGAACACCAGCACUGAAUCUGCUCAAGCUAUCGCAGACCAGAACCAGACACUUGAUGGGGAGGACUUCUUUGCAAAGGCACAGACCCAGCCGCAGGUCUCAAGCUUUUCGUUGCCCAAGGCCCCCAAGUGGCUUGAGAGACCCUGUGGUGCCACUUUCGCGUUUGGAGGCAGGGUUGUUUCUGUCAACUUGGUGGAGAAGGGCCAACGUGCCUCCAAGGUUAAGAUCACCCCGUUCGAAGUAGAUGAGGCUGUUGGGCAGUCUACCGAGACCUUUGAGAAUGCUCUCAAGGAGGGCGAUCUUCGAAGCAUCUGCGAAACCAGAGCCGCAAACGCUGCCACCGAGGAAGAAAAGGCUGACUGGAAGGUCAUCGAGGCUUUGAUAUCUGAGAAUCCCCGCAAGGGACUUGCCGAAUAUCUUGGGUUCCAGGACCAAUCUGCUGAUGAGGCUGCUGAGAAGCUGGCUAACCUUGGCUUGGGCAAGGAGGAAACCAAUGGAGAGUCUCCUAAAGAAUCCCGCGGGCCGGGGGCGAAGAAGCACAAGCGCCUGCAAUCAAUGUUCGACGCAAGCCCUGAAGCAGACAACUUCUUGUCAGACCUGGCUGCGUCGAAGGGAGCUAAGACUAACAACCCAUUUCACAUCUUUAAUGGCUCCGAGACAGAAGCAGACAAGGGUAUCACGAGGGCAUUGCUCCUCGGUGACUUUGAGAAGGCACUGGAUGUCGCUCUCAAAGAAGAUCGCUUGUCCGAUGCUUUUAUGAUUGCUAUCUGCGGAGGUCAGAAGUGCAUCGCAAAGGCGCAGGAACACUACUUCUCCAAACAGACAGAGAGCCCGAACUAUGUUCGCCUGUUAGCAUCCAUUGUUGGCAAGAACCUUUGGGAUGUUGUGUACAACGCAGACCUGUCUAACUGGAAGGAAGUUAUGGCAGCGUUGUGCACCUUUGCUGAUGAAAAGGAAUUUGCUGAUCUUUGUGACGCUCUCGGUGACCGGUUAGAGGAACAAAUUCGGGCCUCGGACGACAAGAGCCUUCGUAAAGAUGCUUCGUUCUGCUUCCUGGCUGGCUCUAAGCUGGAGAAGGUUGUCGCGAUUUGGAUCGAGGAGCUUCGCGAGAGUGAGCAGAAGGCCCUUGAAACAGCCGCAAAUGACACCUCCUUCUCGAUCCAUGUUCGUGCUUUGCAAGGGCUGAUCGAGAAGGUGACAAUUUUCCGCCAGGUCACCAAGUUCCAGGACACUGAGCGUACCAAGGAGUCUGACUGGAAGCUUAGCAACCUGUACGACAAGUACAUUGAGUAUGCUGAUGUGGUCGCUACUCAUGGACGACUACAAGUCGCCCAGAAGUAUUUGGACCUUGUUCCGGAGAAACACCCCGAAGCUGAGGUUGCAAGGAAUCGUAUCAAGCUGGCGACGAGGCAACCAGCUACUCAGAAGACGCAGCAAACGACUACUGGUCGUGGAACGCCACUGAACAAGCCUCUUCCCACAACCAACGCUUACCAGCCUCAAAGAACAUUCUCUCCUGUUGCGCCAGCCACAGGUGCGAGCCCAUACGCUCAUGCGGCUCCUGCUUCGAACUUGUAUGCGCCCCCGGCUCCUCCUACCAAUCCGUACGCACCUCCGACUGCUGCCACGAAUGCAUACGCACCUCCGGCCCCUGCUUCGAACCCUUACGCCCCGCCUGGUGCUGCUGCCCCACCACAGCCAACUAACCCAUAUGCGCCGGUUUCUGGAGGCAGCUUUGCUCCCACAGGAUACCAGCCCACGCCAGCACCGUCUUAUGGUACUAAACCCCUAGGUGGUUCGGUGCCUCCUCCACCACGCGCGUCGAAUCAGUCCUCCGCCACUGUUACCACGUACACUACAGCUACCAACCUCCCUGCUUGGAACGAUCUUCCCGAAGGCUUCGCGAAGGCUCCGACACCCCGGAGAGGAACUCCCGCCGGAGCUGCUGCACCUAUCAGCUCGCCGUUCCCGAACCAGUCCCCGUCAAUCGCUCAGGGACCUCCACCACCCGGAGCCCCACCUACUCAGCGGACUCCCUCGGUCCCCCCUCCGCCAAAGGGCACUGCUCCACCUCCCCGGGUGACUUCUCCACCAUCUACUAUCCCCCCAGGACCUACUCCACCUCCGAAUCCUUAUGCAUCCUUGCCUCAAUCCCCUCCUCAGCUAACCCCCGGCACCAUGGGAGUACCGGCGCCAAUUCCACGUGGCCCGUCUCCUUACAACGCUCCGCCGUCUAUGCCUCCCCCAACCAACCGGUACGCUCCGAGCCCAGCAGCUCAAGCAGCAAACCCACAGCUUCAGGCACGGGGCCCUGUUCCUCCACCUCCACAGGCAGCUGCUCCCCCAUAUGCUCCCCAGCCUCCGGCGGCGAGCCAGUAUGCUCCCAGCACACCACCAUCGCAUCCCCCACCACCAAUGCAGCAGGGACCACCUCCAGCCACAGCCUCUAGGCCCGGGACGGCUUCUUCGCAACAGAGGGUGACUCCGGCCCCUGCGACUCCUAAGUAUCCACCUGGUGAUCGCUCCCAUAUCCCUGAAGACGCAAUGCCUAUCUAUGAGAUCCUUUCGGCGGAUAUGCAGCGCAUCAAGGGUCGUGCGCCUACGUCAUUCAAGCAACAAGUUGAAGAUGCUGAUCGGCGCUUGAGCCUUCUGUUCGACCACCUGAACAACGCAGAUCUGCUCAAGCCAAACACCGUUUCUGACAUGGCAGACUUGGCCCGUGCCAUUCAGGCGCGUGAUUACGAGACAGCACGUGCUAUCCACGUGGAUAUCCUGACCAACAGGACUGAUGAAUGCGGUCAGUGGAUGGUUGGUGUGAAACGCCUUAUCAGCAUGAGUAAGGCUACUCCAUAA